AUGUACACCCUCCUGGCCGCCCUCGUCGCCUGCGCCGUCCAAGCGGAAAUAGCGGUCGUCUGCGUCGGCGACUCGAACACGGUCGGGAAACGAGCGGCCAGUGGUCAUGACUACCCGGCCCAGCUCUCGAGACUACUGGGAAGUGGUUACUCGGUAUACGCUAAGGGUGUGGGCGGCCGGACCAUGCAUUCGAAGGCCGACGAGCCCUACGAGGACGAGGAGGAAUAUGAUGAUGCGCGCGAGAUCGUCGAGGACGCCGACGUCGCUAUUGUCGUGUCCAUCUUCGGUACUAAUGAUGCCAAGGCCGUGAAUUGGGAUACGGUCAAGGACGACUGGGUCGACGAGUACAAGAAGUUUAUUGAGGUCUUUGAGGCGUUGGGGGCUACGGUUAUCAUCGGUAUUCCCGUACCGUACCUGGGGAAUGAUGUCCUCCUAGGAAACUACGUGGACAUGUGGGCGGAGAUCGACGUGUGUCCCAUCAACAACGUCAUGCCGGAGAUGAUUCGGCAAAUAGCUUCCGAUAAGGGCUUAGGCUUGGUCGACGCGCAAGCUGCUUUUGUGGAUGCGUAUGGGGCUUCGAGUGUCGACGACUGGGUCACGUUCUGGAACACGGGCCACUGGGCGGAUCGGGUCCAUCCCCUGGACCACGGGCUAGGUGUGAUUGCGCAAGCGGUCCAUGAGAAGGUGCUCGAGGUCGGUGCGGGUUACGUCCCGACGUACGCGCCUACCUACAGACCGUCGUACACGCAACACCCGACGGCCGAUACUCCUAGACCCUCAGUCGCACCCGCACCGUUUCCGACACCAGCUACUCCCGCACCCUUCGCUUUGGUUGAGGAUGUAGAAAAGGACUGCCCCGUGCUGAGUGCCUUGGAACCGAACUUUUGCCCCCUCACCAUGUUGGAACUAGAUAUACACAACUGCCAGACACCCGGCCUCCAACCGGGCGACCUAUGCGAGGGCGACGGCGAGUGCGGCACGGAUCCUGGAUUAGAUAACUGCGACGACGCCGAUAUGUAUAUUGUCCGCGACGCGGCGCCCUACGUCCCGUCGACGGCGCCCACGCUCAAACGUAUUGAUGAUGCCUGUCCUGUUUUAAGACAGAUGGAGCCCAAGGAGUGCCAGGGCUGGACGAUGGCCCAGCUCGACAUCGAUAAUUGUGCCACACCAGGGUUGGUCGAGGGCGAUGCCUGUGAAGGUGAUGGGGAAUGUGGUACGGAUCCGGGACUGAACAACUGCCAGGCCGGCGACAUGUACGUCGUCGUGACGGCCUUUUCGGGCGGGGUGGACGUUUCUACCAUACAUGGUACUUCUACAGCUCGUAAAUUAACUACUGGGACGUUGGAGCAGUCGGACAUGUGCACCUACUUUUAUGAUAACUACGACCGACUCCACGUCGCCUGGGCGCACUUCAUCGAGGGGCGGUUGGCGAGUGACUGCGACGUCGAGAAGGGAGUGACCGCGAUAUCGUGUUCCGGUGAAGUGUUGACGUUCACCGUACUCAGUGCGUCGUGCGCCGACGCCGUCAACGUCAUCAAUGAAGAUUUGAGAUCGAAAGAUGAGGACCAGGUCGCGCGCGACUUUGCCAAUAGUACGGAUGUGUCUGAGGAGGUUCACGACGCGUUCAUCGAAUUCCUUGAUCUAUACCCAUUGCAGGAGAUGGAUGCGGUGAUUGUGACGAAGAAGAAGGAUCGAGUGACCGAUGCGGAGAAGGUUGAAAGGUUGGCCAAGAGGUACUGGUGGGCGAUAGUUAUACUAGGUAUAUCCACUGGUGUGUUCUGCAAGCUCUACGUGAUUUAUCAUUGCCGCCACCACCACGUCAAGAAAAAGUACCGACAGCUGAAGGUGAAGCACCGCCAUUUGGAGUGGCAGCACGGGCGACUCACUUUUGUUGAUGACGCGCCACAAUCAGAAGAUACAACUCAGGAGCCCUUCAUCGACCGCGACGCGGACGAGUCAGUAGCGAAGCAGGGCUGGGCCGCUAUAAGACAUGCUGUCAAGGGGACCAAGGCCCAGAAGCUUGGUGGGAUUGUGAGAGAGGCGUCCCGCAAGGACGUGGAGAAUCCCGUCCGAAAUGAACACCACAUCUCCCAGGCCUUGACGGAUGCGAAGCGCGAGCACGCGGCGCACCUCCUGAAGAUCGCGGACUUGGAAGAUGAAUUGCGCGUGUCUCGUCUGAAUGUCACGCCGGACCGAGGGGACUCGGCGAGCGAGUCGGGCUUCACGGAGGCCAUGCACCGGGCGCCGCCGGCGCCGUCGCCGCGCGGGCCGCCGGCGCCGCCGACGCCGCCGCCUCCGGUCCACCGCACGCCGGGCUCGCCGGCGACGCCGCACGUCGACCUCGAGUGA